AUGGUGACAUCCACACAAACACACGAAUGUGUGACAAGUACGAGAAACAAACGUAUGCGACGAGAUGAAAAACAUCACAAUGACCAAAAAUCGAAGAACAUUACGGUGACGCCUAUAUCUAUAGCUGAUUGGAAUGGCUUACAGGCGGUGCGGUGCGUCGCGUUUUAUAUUAGUGUUUGGUGGGAACUGAAAAAGGCUGGGAAUGAAAAUUUAGACCUGUGGUGUUUUAAUCGUGGUUUUACGGGGUUUCCGGAAUCAUAUCUGCAGGGUAACAGAGAGAAAAGUGCGGCGUAA